GCGAACACUGUUGGCUGCCCUGCUCCUUCCUCUUGAUUUUUCGAUCCACGAACCGGUUAAUACGCGCGUUGUUUCGUGGAUUCCAUAUAACUGUCAAAAUAACGGUGACGAUAACACGAUCGUGAUGGAUACGAAGAAGCUGCAGCAGUUUAUGGAGCUGGUAGGCCGGCUGAAACAUAUGAAAAGAACAGGAUGGGUGAAACGAAAUAUACCUGAUCCUGAAACAAUUGCCGGACACAUGUAUCGAAUGGCGAUGCUAUCAUUCCUAGUGGAUGGAAAAGAUAACCUAGACAAAACUAAAAUAAUGCAGAUGACGCUAAUUCAUGACUUAGCCGAAUGUAUUGUAGGAGAUAUAACUCCUUAUUGUGGUAUUCCACCGGAUGAGAAACACAGAUUAGAAGAUGAAGCUAUGGAAGACAUUUGUAAAUUGUUGGGUGAUAAAGGAUCUGAUAUAUUACAUAUAUUUCGUGAAUAUGAGAAACAAGAAACCCCGGAAGCGCAAUACGUAAAAGAUUUAGAUAGACUGGACCUAUUGAUGCAAGCGUUCGAAUAUGAGAAGAGGGAUAAUAUCUUUGGGAAAUUGGAGGAGUUCUUUGUUACGACAAAUGGCAAGAUCAAGCAUCCCUUCAUCAGUAAACUCGCCAAUGAUAUAACUUCUGAGAGACAAAUUUUGCUUAAUGGUUCAGACACCGCGAAAUAACAAAGGUGCUGCCUUAAAGGCGUAAAUCUGGAGAAGCAAGUUUCUAAGUAACUAGCUUAAAUGUUAUUUUAAGCUCAUUCGAUUGGAACGUGCAGUAUUAUGCUCCAGAACGAUUAUGACGACAGCUGUUAAUUAUAUAGAGAACAUAUUUCUAGUAAAUGAAAUUUUGUAUAUUGUGAUUUCACGAGAUUUAGCAAUUGUUUGAUUAAUGAAGUCAUUCGAGUGAUAUGUUGCACAGAUUUUACCUACAAAAAGGAGAGAUAUUUAUUUAUGUGUUCACUCAUAUAUAUAUUUUACAUUUUGACAUUACUUUAAAGUUCUUCUUUUAUUAUUGCAGUAACGUGCGUGCAUAUUUCCUACGUUAUUUAUCGUGACUAGUGAUCGUUUACCAAAUAUUAUUCCUUAAACACUGUACAGAUUACAAAAGGAAAAAAGUAAUACGUGUAGACAAUGUAUGGACAUCACACCAAACAUUAUUAUUAAUGUAGUUUUUAAUAUUGCCCGAACAGAGAAGUACCGCUGCCUUUAUGUUUUAUCAAUACUUAAUAUCGUUGUUAGUUUUUGCGUUCUCUCUUGAAAGUGUAAGAUACACUUAUAAUCUUUAUAAUUCCAGUGACCUGGCAUUGUGAAAUGUAUACACUUUGACCUAAUGUUCAUAAGCGAGAUAGUUCUGUCUUCAUGCAGAUUAUUUCCUCCCUUAUUAUUGUAAGAUAUUUUAGAAGAUCCUUAUUAAUAUUUAUGUUGCAGACAAAUUUAUUGUGUUUUUAUAUACAGCAAAAUACCAUGUAUCCAAUUUAUUUGUCUAUUAUUCCAUGUAUCCAAUUUAUUUGUCUAUUAUUCCUAUCUUAGUGAAAGUUCGUGUAAAACGAAUUAAGUGACAGAUACUUGCAAUGUGACAUUUAACUUUGAAUAGAUUCAAUACUUUGAGAAUUUUUUUCAAUUCAGCAUAUUUGCAUAAUCUAACAUAUUAGUUAUUCAUAUCUCCAGAAUGUUUGCGUCAUUUUAAUGAUUGUUAAAUUUUUUAUAAUUCUCUUCAACGUUACGUGACAAUACAGUUUCAGCAUUA